AUGGUUGAGUCAGUUGUUGAUCCAAAAGAGAUGGAAAUGACAGAAACCAUUGACUUGGCUGAACAAAGUGGUAAGCUAGAUCGUUCUCAGAGAAUCUUUAGGAGAAGCAAUCUUGACAAGUCAUCGCAUUCUGUGAUUGAUUUAGAUGGGCUCCCAUAUGUCGGGCAGAGGAUAAAUCCAAAUGAGCCAUAUUGUAGCAUCUACGAUGAAGUAACAAGUACAGCUACAACUACCAAGUUAAAGGGUUCAGAACCUGUUAUUGUUGAUUAUGUUGCUGUAGAUGUGAAAAACAAAAAGAAUCUACAAAAAGCAAACAUAUGUUUUCGACGUCCUAGGAAUCCUAUAAUUGGUGAUAAAUUUAGUAGUAGGCAUGGGCAGAAAGGUGUUUGCUCUCAACUGUGGCCAGAUAUUGACAUGCCGUUUUCAGGAGUUACAGGAAUGCGUCCAGAUCUUAUUAUCAAUCCUCAUGCAUUUCCUUCGAGGAUGACAAUUGCAAUGCUUUUGGAGUCCAUUGCUGCUAAGUGUGUCCAUGACAUGGGUCUAAAUGUGAUCCCUGUCACAGUCCCUGGGACAGAGGGGCACCAGAGCAUGUCUGAUUUCAUGAUUUUCAAGUCUUCCAUUGAAGCACACUGA